UAAUACACAAGAUUCUCGUAGGAGGAGGAGGUAAAAGUUGGGGUCAGACGAGAGGCUGCGAAGGCUGAAUGAAGUUGUACGUUUAAGAGUUGUGUCCCUCAUAACAUACCUCGCGAGUGACAGUGCUUUCACAACAUAUGUUACGUGGUUACUAAAAAUAUUCAUAUAAAAAACAAUGAAUACCAUGGCGAGAGGGCUCGUGACUGUUACCGUUCUACUUCUCAGCUGCGUCUUCGUAAACACUGACAAAACAUUGAAAUUUUACCAGGAAAAGAAUUACCACGAUGCUCAAGAACUAACAGAUAAUGAUGUAAAGAACUUGUCAAAAUUAUCAGACCUCAAAAAUUUUCAGACAAUAUUAGAUGAAAUUCUGAUACCUAGAGUAGUAGGGACACCAAACCAUGAAAAAGUGGGCAAUUAUAUUGUAAAUCAGAUGAGAGGUUUUGGAUGGGAUGUACAUGAAGAUGUAUUCCCUGACCAUACACCAGUGUUUGGAACUUUAAACUUUAGAAAUAUUAUAGCUAAGUUGAAUCCUGAUGCAGACAGAUAUUUAGUGCUGGCUUGCCAUUAUGACAGCAAAUAUACCAGGGAACAUGUGUUUGUAGGUGCAACAGACUCUGCAGUGCCGUGUGCCAUGAUGAUAAACUUGGCCAAGGUAAUGGCAGCACAACUGGAGCCGCUAAAACAAUCACGUUUGAGUCUCAUGUUCAUCUUCUUUGACGGAGAAGAAGCAUUCAGGCAGUGGGGGCCUAAGGACUCUAUCUAUGGAGCACGACAUCUUGCCAGCCAGUGGCAUGAGAAGCAUUACAAAGAUGGUGCUAGUCAUUUGCAGAGAAUGGACGUCCUGGUGCUCCUGGAUCUUCUGGGGGCUCCGGACCCGGUGUUCUACAGCUACUUCCAAGCCACGGAGAAGUGGUACGUGCGGCUGGCUGCCGCCGAGCAGCGGUUGGCGGAGCUCAACCAACUUCAAGCUUACACCAAGGGGAAAGCUGAGCAGACCUACUUCAGGCUCAGGAGCUCCGGAGCCUUCAUCGAGGAUGACCACAUACCGUUCCUGAGGAGAAAUGUGGAUGUUCUGCAUGUGAUCCCGACGCCGUUCCCGGACGUGUGGCACACGGCUGGCGACGACAUGUCAGCCCUGGACUUCAACACCAUCGAGAAUCUGAACAAGAUCCUGCGCGUGUUUGUCGCCGAAUACCUGCACACGAAACCCUAGCGCCGCCGCCGUCACUGGAGGAUACUACUCACAGGUCGAAAAGCUAACUAUUUUAGCCGUAAAUUAGAAUUUGUUUAGAAAUCUGCGAAGCGACGGCGGUGGAAUCUGGGGGGUUCAAAAGGCCACAUUGAAGCAAUUCAUCUAGAAAAACAAUAUUGAUAUUUGACAUUUGUUGACAUUGCGCACUUAUUUUUAUGCUUUUUUAGAUGAACUGCUUCAAUGUGGCGUUCUUAACCCCCCCUGGUACCUGCAACAGUCUGUUCCCCCUUUAUUACAAUCUUGUAUUUUUAUUUUAUAGGCGUGUUCCACCUUGGCCACAUCUUUGACCGUGGUGUGGUGAUGGUUUAAAGUGAACUUAUUUAAAAGUAAAUAAAAAUCUUCGGAUGGCUUGUUAAUACCUCGGAGUACCAACUUAUAAAGAGCGAAAAGAUCCAAAAUUUCUGGAGUCUGUUGGACGGAACCAGAAUUUUCCAUUUUAUUCUCUUUUUGCGAACCUUUGGAGUUUGGAUGAAAGCAUUUGCCAGUCUGCGUUGGAAGUUUUCGCAGAUUGAAUAGGUUGCGUUUGGCGUUUUGUAAUUGGUUAUAACAAUGCAAACUCGAGAGACAUGAAAGUUACCUUUAACGAUGCAGGUAUGUAUGUGUACAGCCUAUUUACUAAGUCCUAUUCAGCGUUAUACAAAUACGGUUGCAAUGCAUAUUUUAUAUAUAUUAAUUGAAAACCAACUGCAACAAAACUUGGGGGCUGUUUUGCAGUUAGCUGUACCUACCUAGGUAAUCUAGGCAUAUUCUAGAUACACUUUUAUGCUCAUGUGAAUUCUAGAUGCUUUUUGGCCUAUGCUAUUUAUUAAACAGGGUUCUUGUUACUUAAAUAUUACUAGAAACAUUCUUACAGGCCAAUUAUUACAGUGGUUAAGAAACUGUUGACCUCAGCACCACAACGAAUUAUCAGGCUAAUUAUAAAAGUACCUAUGUUUCAAAAUAUAAGUGGACUACACGGGCAGCACAGGUUCUUACAGAGGGUUUUGACCAAUAGACGUAGCGAGUGCUACCUACGUGGUAUAACGUCACACGACUAUUGGUCGAAGCCCUCUAUUAUAAUUCGAGCCGCGAAAUCCGUGCCGCUGGCGCUGGUGGCGAUUCCGACAGACCGAACAUAAUUUUAAAUUUGGUUCGACAGUUAUAUGGUUUCUCUUUCAUGUACUUAGAAUAAGUAAAGGACGGAAAUGUAUUUUUAGAGUUGUCAAAUUAAAUUAAAAUGAAGUUCGAUCCAUUAUAACUGACACUACUAUUUUGUUUUUAUAUAAUUUACGUUUAUAAUAACGCGAACAUUUUCAAACGAUUGCCAUGGUCAUAAUUAUGUGCUAUCCACUGAUGGCUAGGUAACAACUUCCUCGCAUUCGCCCGGUUGCGGUUGAGUGGAAUCGUGAUUCCAAACGUUAAUUAACAAACGUAGAACCUCUUCCUUUUUGAAGUCGGUUAAAAGGGGCAUGCAGCGGUGGCCGCACAAAAUUUUUUCGCGUCGUUUCGGAACUUUAUUGUUUAUUGGUAUACAUACCCUUU